GACCCAGUCAAAGCUCAAACCAAACCCUCCGUCUUGUCUGACUGAAUGUAACAUAAAAAGGUCUACAAAAACAUUUGCUUUUCUAUGCUACGGAAAUAUUUUUGUACACAUUUUCUACACAUGUGAGAUAAGCAGACAUUAAACACUGGCUGUGUAUGAAAUGUUCAGGUGCACAUCAUGUCAGCAGUGACGUGUCAGCCUCCUCCUUUUGGUCCACUUGAGCGAGAGAAGCACAUCCAGGGCAUCUUCAGGGCUUUCAAGAAUCGGUGCGGGCCUUCCUGCGAGUGCCAGACUCAAGUGGAAGACGCCAAGUCCCACCGAGUGCCUCCUGACUUGGAAUCUGAAAAACACAGUUCAGAUCUCAGGCCUCAUGGUGGGAUACAGGACACGCGCAUGCAACCACCAGCACCGAAGACGCUCGAGGAGCUGGAGCAGGACCUUAACGAUGAAGCAGGACUGCAGUUUUUGUCGGUGUUAGAGACGGUCAGGCAGAUACAUGUCACUGCGAGACCCGACCUACAGGGUCCACAGUGUGUUUCCAGAAAGAUUUACAGCAUCACCACUGGAAGUAGCAAGUCACAGAUGUUUGUGGCUGUGGAGGAGAGCUCUUGUGUGUGCCUCCAUUUCUGUGGCCCGGCUCGGGCCUGCUCCCUGCAGGGGUUCGACUAUCAGGGGCAGCAGGUCUUUUACUUUGAAAGGCCCCUCAGGGUGGAUGCCUGCUGCUUGGGCUGCUGCCUGAUGGAGAUGAGGGCAUAUUCACCUAAGAAGCAUCUCAUUGGCACUGUAUGCCAGAGGUGGAGCAUGUUUACCCCUCUCCUGGAGGUCUGCGGCCCGCAAGGAGCCUCCAGAAUCCAAAUUCAGGGCCCCUGCUGCCCCUUCCGCUGCUUCUCCAACCAGCGAUUUCAAAUCGUUUCCAACAUCGGAGAGCAAAUAGGUACUAUAUGGAAGAAGUGGCCCUGCUUCAGCAAUGAAUGCAACAUGGAUCAUGAAUAUUUUGGCUUGGAGGUGCCACAGAGCUUGGAGCCACAUACUAAACUCUUGCUUCUGGCAGCUACUUUCUUACUGAAUCACAUGUUCUUUGAGAUGAGCUGAAAACCAAAAGAUGAGACACCUUACAUACAAGUCACCAGCUACUUGGACAGCCAAGCUCCUCUGACGGCAAAGAUGAACAAAGUUAGGAAGAAAACAUCG